GUAGGACACACUCGUGUUUUCGCCAGCGGUGGAUUUGUAGGAAGCCCUGACGUUUCGUUAGUACCCGGAUCAGCUGCCUGUCUAUCAUCCCCGCGGCAAAUCUGACGAGAGGCGAGGCUGGGUGGAAAAAUUAUUUGACCAGUUCUCACGAAGCUAUUUGCAUUUUGACUUCUUUGCAGGAGAGGAAAACAUGUUGCGCUGCACCUUAUCGCGGAUCCCCCCAGCCGUAGCGCGCCUGCAGGCCUGCCUCUACUCGACUGCAGCGAUUCCAGCCCCCAGCACUCAGCCUCAAGUGCAUUUCAAUAAGCUCUUCAUCAACAACGAGUGGCAUGACUCUGUGAGCAAGAAGACCUUCCCCACCAUAAACCCAGCUACUGGCGAAGUCAUCUGCCAGGUGGCAGAGGGGGACAAGGCGGAUGUCGAUAAGGCAGUCAACGCAGCCAAGGAUGCCUUUCGGCUCGGGUCCCCGUGGCGCCGGAUGGAUGCCUCGGAGCGAGGGCUGCUCCUAAACCGCCUGGCUGACAGGAUCGAGCAGGACGCCGCUUACUUGGCCGAGCUGGAGACUCUGGACAACGGCAAGCCAUAUGCGGUGGCUUACUCCGCAGACCUGCCUACGGUCGUGAAAUGCUUAAGGUAUUAUGCUGGCUGGGCAGACAAGUGGGAGGGGAAGACCAUCCCCGUUGACGGGGACUACUUCUGCUACACCCGACACGAGCCCAUCGGUGUCUGUGGCCAGAUCAUCCCAUGGAACUUCCCUCUGCUGAUGCAGGCCUGGAAGCUGGGCCCAGCUUUAGCCACAGGAAACACGGUGGUCAUGAAGGUGGCAGAGCAGACUCCCCUCACUGCUCUCUAUGUGGCUCACCUCAUCAAGGAGGUCGGCUUCCCGCCUGGAGUGGUGAACAUCAUCCCUGGGAUGGGUCCCACCGCCGGGGCGGCCAUCGCCUCUCACAUGGACGUCGACAAGGUGGCCUUCACAGGCUCCACAGAGGUGGGCCACCUCAUCCAGCAGGCCUCCAGUAGUAGUAACCUGAAGAGGGUUACCCUUGAGCUCGGGGGGAAGAGUCCCAACAUCAUCCUGUCUGAUGCCAACAUGGAGGAGGCGGUGGAGCAGGCCCACUCUGCUCUGUUCUUCAACCAGGGCCAGUGCUGCUGUGCUGGUUCUCGCACCUUCGUCCAGGAGAGCGUCUACAAGGAGUUUGUGGAGCGCAGCGUGGAGAGAGCCAAGCGCAGGGUGGUGGGAGACCCCUUCAACCUCAGCACAGAGCAGGGGCCUCAGGUGGAUGAGGAGCAGUUCCAGAAAAUUCUGGGCUACAUCAGCUUGGGGAAGCGUGAGGGGGCCAAGCUUAUGUGCGGAGGAGGGGCUGCAGCUGACCGUGGGUACUUCAUCCAGCCCACCAUCUUUGGGGACGUCCAGGACAACAUGACCAUCGCUCGGGAGGAGAUCUUUGGACCAGUGAUGCAGAUUCUGAAAUUCAAGACCAUAGAAGAAGUUGUGGAGAGAGCCAAUGACACCAAAUAUGGACUGGCGGCCGCUGUCUUCACCAGAGACACAGAAAAAGCCCAUUACAUCUCUGGGAGUCUCCGUGCAGGCACUGUAUGGAUAAACUGCUAUAACGUAUUUGCGGUCCAGGCUCCUUUUGGAGGUUACAAAUCCUCUGGUAAUGGCCGAGAACUUGGAGAAUAUGGUCUUGACAACUACACUGAAGUAAAAACGGUUAUCGUCAAAGUGCCACAGAAGAAUUCCUAAACGGAUUAAACUAGAGCCUCCGUUCCCAACGGCAGAAAUGUGAAAGUUGCGCAGUAGGAACUUGAUAAAUGUGGUUCCAUUUAAUUGUCACGUUCCAGGAUGCCGAGUUACAUUUCCCACAAUACUUUUCGAACAAAAUGUCUGUUCUAUUCUACCUAGAUUUCUGUUCUGCCAAGAUGAAGUUUCAUAUAUUUUGUGAUAUUUUAUAAGCACAAUGUUGGGAACACAGUUAUACUUAAAUAUUAACAUGCCAAAAUAAAUCUCUUAACAUAGACAAGUUUAA